AUGGCGGACUUGACCUUGGUCAGGUCGUCGAGUAGGAAUAGUGCCGGAGGAGGGGGUGGAUCCGGUCGUGCGGGUAGGGAACGGAGUAGUACACUCGGAAGACGAAAGACGAUGGACAACGAAGGGAGGAAGGAAGGGAUCAUCGAUGAGGAGGACGAGGAUCCGGAUAAUGGGAUCGUUCCCGAAUGGAUGAACGCGGAGGACGUACAGAGGUCCAAGCUCUACGACCGCUUCUCUGACCGCAAGAAGAAGCUGAUCGUCGCACUGGUGGCGGUUUCGGCUUUUAUGGCUCGUGAGUGAAACAUCGGAGAGGCGAGUGUUUUUCACUCUUUACGAUCUGAUCUGAUUCGUUAUCGUCGUGCAGCUUUUUCAUCGUCGGCUUUCCUCCCGGCCAUUCCAGCCAUCUCGGAAGAUCUCAACACAACCCCAACUAUCAUCGACAUCACCGUCGCGGUUUACAUUUUCACCAUAGGCGCCAUGCCCCUCGCUUGGGCUCCUUACAGUGGCCUCUACGGCCGACGACCCAUCUACCUCUGCAGUCUCCCCAUCUUCGCUCUGGGUUCUAUGGGCGUCGCUCUGUCGGAUAAUUUGGCGACGUUGAUUGUUACACGGACGAUUCAGGGCGUUGGAUCGUCGGCUGUUCUCAGUGUAGGAGCCGGGAGUAUAGGAGAUAUCUAUCAGAGGCAGGAACGAGGUACCGCGAUGGUACGUCACUAUUUUCUCUUGCACGAGCUUCACACCUCUAAGCUGACAUCCUUGACAGGGCUAUUUCUACUCGGGUUCGCGAAGAUUUUCCAGGCCUUACAUAUGGAACAACAGACUGACGCAUCAUGUAUUUUCCACCCAGGCAUCCUGAUCGGUCCCGCCAUCGCGCCGGCCAUCGCCGGUCUCCUUUCCGAAUAUGUCAAAGGCAACUACGGCUGGCGCGUGAUGCAGUGGAUACUCUGCGGUCUCGGUGUCAUAGCCUCGGUCCUCUGUUUCCUCUACUUCCCCGAAACGGCACAUGAGAUCCCAAUCGAAGGGAUUAUUCAGGCGAGACGAAAGAAGAGAGCGGAUGAGGGUCUACCGACCGAACCGAGGUGGAAGUCGAGUUUGUGCUCAUUUGUGUGGCUCAAUCCGUUGGCGCCGUUGCGAUUGUUGUUGCUGCCGCAUAUUCUGGCGAUUGUGAGCAUUGGCUUUGAGCAUUGGUGUAUCGGAAGGACUUGAGCCGAUCCUUUUAUAUGACGUCUGCAGAGUCUCAAUUCGGCCUUCGUCCUCUUGACUACGUACGCCGUACUCGUACCAUUAACCGACACGAUUCACUCCAACUACGGGAUUAGCAACGCCGCUAUUCUGGGGACCUUCUACUUGGCUCAAGGUCCGUGAUGUCCCGCGCGAACCAUCAUGAUAGUCCAGCCGAUUCCAUUUUUGCUGACCGAGGAAAGCUUUACUGCGCUGCAGGUGUCGGCAACGCCUUCGCCUCCUUUUGUUUCACCGGACGUAUGGCGGACCAUACUCUCAAAGUAUGGCUCAAGAAGCGGAAGGGGGUUUACGUACCCGAGGAUCGAUUGAGGGCGACGUUGCUUGGAGGUGGUCUGGUCUUGCCUUGUGCCGUGUUGGCGCUGGGUUGGGUCAUCGAUUUAGGUUCGGGCAAGGUCGGGUUGGCUUUUACGGUCAUUCUGUUGUUUGUGAAUGGGGUUGGGUUGAUGUGAGGAGUUUCGCAAGAACAUGUCUUCAUCCGGAAGAAUUGCUGGAAGGAGACCUAAGCUAAUGCCACCGUUUGCUUCAACAGGAUGAUCCUCACCGCCGCCAAUACCUACUGCGUCGACGUCUUGCAACACCGAUCUUCCGAAGUGAUCGCCGUUAACAACUUUGCACGUUAUACCCUCUCAGCGGCCGCAUCAGCUUUCAUCCUUCCCCUCAUUCAAGCGAUCGGUCUGGGAGGGGCCAAUUCGUUCGCGGCUGGUUUGGCAUGGAUUGGAUUUGGUUUGGUGUGUGCUACUAUUCGAUGGGGGGAGGCGAUGAGGAGGUUGGGGGAGAAGUGGGGGGGGACGGCUUCAGCAGGGACGAAUGCGGCGGUGAUUCCGAAGGAUGAGGAGAAGGGCGAAAAGGGACUGGAGGAGGCUCCUGUAGCGCCAAUAGUUGAGGCGGAGGCGGAGGUGAACAAUGCGGACAAGUGA